UAAGCGCUCCACCAAUCAGAUGCAUUACUGUGGGAUUGUGGGAUUGUUCAGGAUUGUGGGUAAUGAAGUACUUAGCCAAGACAUCGCGAAUAAAAGGCAUUUAUCUCAAAACAAGGCAAUGCUUUAAUGAAGAAACAGACCUACUAACAAUCUCACGGAAGGGACCCUCCAGAACAAGUAUGGGGUCACCAUGGAAACCACUUCUCCUGCUGUCAGUUAUCAGCGGCCUAGCAGACUUUGCUAGAGCUGUUGCUGGGAGACCUGUGUCAUACGCUGCAGUGCUACGGAUGAAGUCAGACAGUUCCUCGUCCUCCUUUUUAAACUCCAGGAUGAGGUUAAGGAACAACCAUGGAGUGGGAUUGUCUAGCCAGGACUGGCCUCCGUUCUCCAGACACAGAUACUCUGCCCUCAGCUCACAGGAGGACUACAGGAGCGAAGAGAGCGAAGAGUUUGGUCCAGUGUUCCUUCAAGAGCCAGAUGAUGCAAUCUUCUCCCUGGAUUCGGAUGAUAAGAAAGUGAUAAUGAAUUGUGAAGCCAGGGGAAACCCUGUUCCGACCUACAGUUGGCUGAUCAACAGAACCAUUGUGGACCCAGAAGGAGAUUUCCGCUACAGUUUGAUUGAUGGGAACUUAAUAAUACACAAUGCAAGUGAGGCCAUUGAUUAUGGGAGAUACCAGUGUAGAGCUGAAAACAGCAUUGGCUCCGUCCUGAGUCGAGAUGCCCUCCUGCAGUUUGCCUAUCUCGGGGCGUUCAGCGGUCGGACAAGAGGAGCUGUUUCAGUGAGGGAAGGCCAGGGGGUUGUGCUAAUGUGUGCCCCUCCUCCUCAUUCACCAGAGAUCAUCUACAGCUGGGUGUUCAAUGAGCUUCCCUCAUUUGUGGCGGAGGACAGCCGUCGAUUUAUCUCGCAGGAAACUGGAAAUCUGUACAUCUCCAAGGUGCAGCCCUCGGACGUGGGCAGCUACGUGUGCCAAGUGAAGAACACUGUGACGAACGCCAGGGUCCUGAGCCCACCAACGCCUCUGACUCUUAAAACAGAUGGAGUGAUGGGGGAGUACGAGCCCAAAAUUGAAGCACAUUUUCCCCAGACGGUACUGGCAGCAAAAGGCAUCACAGUGCGGCUUGAGUGCUUUGCCCUUGGGAAUCCUGUCCCCACCAUCACCUGGAGAAAGAUGAGUGGAAACAUCCCAAAAAAAGCCCGUCUGCGCAAAUCACAGGCUGUUCUGGAGAUCCCCAACAUCCAGCUAGAGGAUUCUGGGAGUUACGAAUGUAAAGCUGAGAACAACAGAGGAGGCACUGCCUUCAGAGGACACCUCCAAGUCUACACUCUGCCGCAGUGGAUCAGCGUGAUAAAUGACACUCAACUGGACAGUGGAGAGCAGCUCCACUGGGAGUGUCGAGCCACAGGAAAGCCCAGGCCCACGUAUCGCUGGCUGCGCAACGGAGAACCUCUCGACUCACAGAGCAGAGUGGAAAUGGUGAACGGGGAGCUUGUCAUUCAUAGACUACAGCAGGCUGAUUCUGGAAUGUACCAGUGCAUCGCAGAGAACAAGUACGGAGCCAUCUACUCCAGCGCAGAGCUCAAAAUACUAGCAUCAGCUCCAGUGUUCAGCACCAACCCGGUCCGGCUCAUUGCGACUGUUGGGAAAGAUGUGUCUCUGGAGUGCCGUCCGCGGGCAUCGCCCAAACCUAGAAUCUCAUGGAGGAAAAAUGAUAGAAGAGUCCAGCCCAGCCGGAGGAUCAUGUUGCUUCGGAACAACACCCUCCGCAUCAUUAACUCCAGCCGUUCAGAUGAGGGAAGCUACGUGUGCCUUUCGGAAAACCAGUUUGGUUCAGCGGAGUUGACAACCAUGCUUCUGGUGAAAGAGGCCAUGCGGGUAGAGUUGAGCCCCGCCCGGGUGGAGGUGACGGUCGGAGAGAGUGUGGUGCUCAGCUGUAAAGUCACUCAUGACCCCUCACUGGACGUGUCCUUCCUCUGGCUGCUCAACAACCAUCCGCUCAACACCCAGCCGGAGGGCGGUCACUUUGAGUACAUUCAAACAUCCUCCACAGCAGAUCUGAUGAUCAGGAGCAUCCUCCUGAAGCAUGCUGGGAAAUAUGGCUGUCGUGCUCAGACCAGUGCAGACAAUGUGCUUGCAGAAGCUGAGCUGCUAGUUAGAGGCCCGCCUGGACCUCCUGGAGUGGUGAUUGUAGAGGAGAUCACGGAUACCACUGCGACGUUGUCAUGGAGCCAUGGCGUUGACAACCACAGUCCAAUCACCACUUAUAAUGUACAGGCAAGAAGCCCUGUCUCUUUGGGCUGGCAAACAGUGAAAACCGAUCCAGAGCCGGUUACAGGAAACAUGGAGUCUGCCGUGGCAGUGGAGCUCAACCCCUGGGUGGAGUAUGAGUUUCGGGUGGUGGCCACGAACGGCAUAGGCACAGGCGACCCGAGCACCCCCUCCAGAGCGGUCCGCACUAAGGAAGCAGUUCCAUCAGUAGCCCCUGUCAACGUGAGAGGGGGGAACGGCCGCAGGCAUGAGCUGGUC